UUGAGGGUGGCUGUAUUUCUCUGGCUUCACCUUUCUGUUCAGAUCUCCUGCCCGGGGUUUGAGUAUCGGGUCGUGCUGAACUCUCUCUGUCCGCAAUGCUGUCCAAAAUAGUGGGAGCGAAAUACUUCUCCAUCGCUAAAGCGUGGGUUCCCACGCUGGCUGUUUGGGGAGGAGUUGGAGGCGUAGCACUCGUCCACUUCACAGACUGGAGGUUGAUCCUAGACUAUGUGCCCUACAUCAACGGCAAGUUCAAGAGGAAUGACUAGAUGUGCAAAUGUCAAGGUCUGUCGGUUUGCUGAGGUUGGAUUGGAUCAAGGUGGACAUCCUUAUAGGACAUCGCUGAAGGGACACAGACAUAGAUUCAUGGCAUGACAUGGACUAAUGAACCAUCCAGUCAUUUUGUUUCAGUGCUAACAUAUAUAUUUAUUCUCUUUGUCACAAAUUGUAACUGACAUAAGUUACAGAAAACAUUAAACAUGAUGCUUUUGUUA